AUGCAUGGAGUUUGGCAGUUUAUUAGUUUAUUUCUAUUCAAAAAAGCACUCACAUAAGGCCAUAUUCUACAUAUCUUGUUAUUAUUUGCCCUCCCAGGCCCUUCCUCUGUAAUGAUUGGCGACUGCUCCCUUUGCUCUACCACUUUCUAUACUUUCUAUACUUCCUUAUGCACUUCCUUAUACUACUGGCUGUUUGUUUCACCUCAUAUCUUAUCUUGUGCGAUCCAAUUCGAGCUUUCAUUUCCUCGCCUGCAGCGCUCAACCAACAUUAACAACUUUUAAGGUUACUCUCAAAACUAAAACCAAAUCCAAAACUAAAA